AUGGAGACUAACCCAAGUUCUUUGAUUGACCAAGUUCAAAGUGGAACUUCAACUCAAGUCCAUCAAUUUGAGGAAGAAAAUUCCACUCUGAAAGGUCAAAUCAAAGAACUUAAAGAAUCAUUAGAACGCCAAGUUUCCUUCCUCCUCCUCCUCCUCUGUUUCUUACACUGCGUGGCUUCCGGCGCAGUGAGGCAGAGAGAUGCGCUGAACAAGUUUUACUUUAACAACGGAGCAGGGAGGUCUUCUUCUUCAUCUUCUUCUUCUUCUUCUUCAUGGGCGAGCAGUCUUCUUUCGGUAUCCGGCCUGAAGUCGAAGGUCUACGAUAAUAGUAGGCUGAAGGAGGGGGACAAGGUUGUUCGGUUGCCUGGCCAGUCGGAAGGGGUGAAUUUCGAUCAAUACGCUGGGUAUGUCACAGUCGAUAGAGCCAACGGACGGGCUCUGUUUUACUACUUUGUCGAGGCUGCCGAGAACAGCGGGUCGAAGCCUAUUGUGCUCUGGCUUAAUGGAGGGCCAGGGUGUUCGUCAUUGGGGUACGGCGCCAUGGAGGAGCUCGGGCCGUUUCGGGUCAUGAGCGACGGCAAUACUCUGUACAGGAAUCCCAAUGCUUGGAAUGAAGUGGUGAAUGUCUUGUUCCUAGAGAGCCCCGCCGGCGUCGGCUUCUCCUACUCCAACGCCACGUCGGACUACGCUAGGAGUGGAGACCGUAGGACGGCAACCGACGUGCUGGUUUUCCUGGUCAAUUGGUUCGAGCGGUUCCCAGAGUAUAAGGGGAGGGACUUCUUCAUCACCGGCGAGAGCUACGCCGGCCACUACAUCCCCCAGCUCGCCCACGCCAUACUCGACCACAAAGAUCGCCUCAUCAACCUCAAAGGCAUCGCGGUAAGCAAUGAAUCCCGAAAUCAAUCAAUGGAUAGCAAGGGGACGUUUGACUACUUCUGGACGCACGCGUUGAUCGCCGAUGAGACCAUCCGCGUGAUCCAUAAGUUCUGCAAUUUCUCAUCGGACGCCCCGUGGAUGGCUCCAGAGUGCAACAGGGCAAUCGACGAGGGCAACCUUGCCGUGGAGGAGUUGGACGUCUACAACAUAUACGCGCCGCUGUGCUUCUCAUCGGGCGUGACGUCGACUCCAAAAUCGCCCUCGAUUUUUGAUCCUUGUACUUCUAAUUACGUGGAGGCAUACCUUAACAAUCUUGAGGUACAGAAAGCUCUACAUGCCAAUAUCACAAAGCUCAAUUACACAUGGUCUGGUUGUAGUGGUGACUUUGAUGGAGUAGUUCCUGUUACUUCCACAAGAUACUCUCUCAAGAAGCUAAAGCUUAAAGUGAAGGCUCCAUGGAGAGCUUGGAUGCUUAAUAGUGAGGUUGGGGGAUAUACUGUGGUGUAUGAUCACAAUUUGACAUUUACCACUGUUCGAGGAGCCGUACAUGAAGUUCCAAGUUAUCAGUCAGCUCGAGCUCUGGAGAUGAUCAAGAGUUUUCUUCAAGGGCUGCAUCUACCUGCUAUUUAA